AUUUCUGGGAACCACCCAACGGCCCAGACACAUUCGGAUUCAUUGGUUGGUAAAGCCGUAAAUCAUUCAGGGAGAGUCAGCCGACAAGACAAGUUCGGUCUCAAACCAGUUCCUCGCACAGUUUCUGCUUUGGUCGCCACCUCACCUGUUUUGAAUACAUACACAGAAUGAGAGGCCUACAUCUUCUCGUGUUUUGUUCAACUGUGGCUUUUGCCAUGUUAGGGAACGUUCCCAGUGUCACUUCCAGUGGACCUGUCCCAUCAGGUUGCCUCAGGUGCAUCUGUGUAGUGGAAUCAGGAUGCCGGAUGCCAAACCCAGUGUGUAGGAUGGAUGUUGGUUCUCUGUCGUGUGGACCGUAUCAGAUCAAAAAGGGCUAUUGGUCAGACGCUACACUCAAAGGUGGCAGUCUCAUGGGCGAUUGGAAAAAGUGCACAGCAACCUUCCCUUGUAGUGAGGCCGCUGUCCAGGGAUACAUGGAACGGUACGCCGUACAGGGCCGACUUGGACAUCCCCCGACCUGCGAGGACUUUGCCCGUAUCCACAAUGGCGGUCCAAAUGGCUACAAGAAUCCGGCUACGUUUGGCUACUGGCUGAAAGUCAAAGCCUGUCUGAUGGCAAACGAAACCAAGAUCUAGUGUGUUUAUGAUCCAUUGCCCAUGUUGGUGAAACAAUGGGUUGCAGUUAAUGGUGAUGCUAUCCGAUAAUUAAAGUAAUUAAACAAAGAAUGCAUGAAUUUAACGUACUGACUUAAAAUGUUACUAUUACAGGAAAGAGAAAGGGGAUGAAACAGUGGCUAAGGCCUCCAACAGAUAUUUUUUGGUAAUUUUUUCCCCUCAACAUUUUUAAAGCGUCUUCAGAUGUAGUGUAAGCAAUUCUAGCUAUUGAUGUUACUACCACCGUUUCCCGUCGUCUGUGCUUUAUUCCAAUAUUGUAUUUUGUUUUGGUAUAUCGGUAAAUAUGUUUAUGUUUUCUUUGGGAACCGGCUUAUAAGCCUGUAGUAGAAUUAAAAACGACAUUUCAUAUCCCCUUAUAUGGUUCAAAAUUAUGCAACUCAACAUUUCUUUAAGCGAGGUUGAAGACUAAGGCCUAAAAUUGUAUCAAGUCAAUUAUCGAAUAAGAUCUAACAUAAAAAUAACAUCCCCAAACGAUAAAUGGAUGACACCUGAACGACAGUGACCGAAUAAUAUGUACAAAUAUUACAUAAUAUAAUUUGUAUAAAAGGAACACUUUAGAAAAGGAGGAAAUCGAGCGCAGAAGUUGAUAACGACCAUGUAUAACCUUUGUUCCAAAAAGAUUGAUUGCACAUUCCAUGGUUUUUCCUGGCAGGCAAGGUUCCAAACUAGUCAGAUGGGAAAUUUUACAGUGUGUUGUACUUUCCCACAUAAAUUCAAGAAUUAUAAACAAGUCAUGUGAUGCCCCUUCUUCAUAUUAAAAAUGUUGAUAACAUUAGAUAGUGUAUUCUCCAUAAAAUAUAAUAUUGAGUUGUGUUCAAAUAUUGCAUGCAGGAAGUACAAGCUCUAACGCUGAUGUCCCAGGGCACAAUAAAUUGUUUUCCAAACACUUGUGUUUCCGGUUUCGUUUAGGAUUACGGCUAUUCUUUUACCUAUCACGUGAUGCUUACUGAUGUUAUCCAAGAGUAAGAGCAAAUAAAUAAAAAGUCUGACACGUUAAAGCA